AACAUUCCAGCCAGAGGAGAGAGCUAGAGAAUUUGAAACCCCAGCAGUAGUUCGUGUUCAUGGUCACUUCUUUGAUCAACUUCUGCAAAGACACAUCUCCGGGUUUGUGCCCAAGGCAGACUGCAAAUCUUUUUCAGAGUCCUGGGGCUACUAGAAGAGUUCAAAGUGUCCUACAUCUGAACUCACCAUGAAAGCAGGCUUCUUCUUUUCUAUCAUCCUCAGCAUGCUUGCUCAGCUCUCUCGGGCCCAGAACCAGUACCAUUACCAGACCCUCAUGAACUACCUGGAGAGCCGAAUGGCUUCUGUGGAGGAACGUAUUGCCUCAUGGAAUGAGCAGAACAGCCGUUACAACAGCGACUUGAAGAAGUUCAGACAUCAGACGGUAGAUCUGCUGGAGAAACUGAGCAAGGACUAUGAGAAGUUCCGGGAGGAUCUGGAGGGAGCAGGGGUGCGGGUUGACCGGGUGGAGAAAGAGAUUGACUUCAUCGAAACCAAAAACCCACCCAAACCUUGUGUCAAAGCAGCGGACAAAAUGGUGGAACAAGAGCCUGUGCUGACGGAGAGGAAGAAGAAGGAUGAGUUUUAUGAGGUUUCAGUUUGCGUCGACCUUGUGUCAAAUAUCCAAGCCAUGAAAAUCCUGAAAAGGCUGGGCAGCACCAAAGGUGUGUGGACUAAGGAUUCCAGGACAGCGAAGGUCUACAUCUUUAAUGGAACUUCUGAAGACACGGUGUACGAGUUCAACUCAGUUAAAGAGUUCUCUGCAUCUUCUGGCAUCUCCAAAGGCAAGCAGAUAACCCUCCCCUCUGCAUGGAAUGGUACUGGCCAUGCUGUCUAUGAUGGUUUUCUUUAUUACCUGACGGAGAGAUCAGAGUUGCAGGUGAACAAGUUUCAUCUGGAGAACGGCUCAUUGGUGGACAGUGCUGUUCUUCCUGUACAGGAGCAGGUUUCAGUGUACAGCUUAAAUCCUGAUACCAUGGUGGACCUGAUUGCUGAUGAGGAAGGACUUUGGGCGUUGUAUGCCAUAGAAGACACCAUUAACCUGGCCAAGAUGGACUCUGACACACUAGACAUCGAAAACAUGUGGGAAACAUCAUGCUCCAGAAUCAACGCUGAAGCCGCAUUUUUUGUUUGCGGAACCCUCUACGUGGUCUACAACACUAGACCCCCAAGUCGCUCUAGAGUCCAGUGUGUAUUUGAUGUUAAUGACAUGGUAAUUCCCGGAGAAGCCCCACUUCUUUACUUCCCUAGGCGCUUCGGAGCUCACUCUAGCCUGAAGUACAAUCCUGUAGAGAAGAUUAUGUAUGCCUGGGAUGAUGGUUACCAGAUUCUCUACAGGAUGGCCCUCACGAAGAAGCUGUUUACCAUAGUGCCACCUCCGGAGGAAUAACUGCUAAUGCAAAGAGACUACAAGUAAAAACCUGACCAAGAAGAUUGUAUACUUACUGUAUUAACACACCUUCUUUGACAUUUAGAACUUUUGAAUAACUCACAUACAGUGGAACCUCAGCAUACGAAUGCCCUCCCUUACGAAUUUUCGCCUUAAGAAUUUAAGCAUUUUCAGCAUAAAAAUGCUGAUGGCACAGCUUCCUUGAGGUGAGGACCCUUGACAUGGAAUGCUUGGGUCAGUUCUUUGUAAGCAGCCAUACAGCUUACAUACGCUUUGUAUUUGUAAUAUUGCUAAUAUUUUUAGGUGGCUAGAAGGGAUUAUCUGCAUUUACAUUAUUUCUUAUGGGAAAAAAUUGUUUCACAAUACAAAUUUUCGCCUUAAGAACUCACUUCCAGAUUGAAUUAAAUUCAUCUGCCGAGGUUCCACUGUAUUUUAUGAAGUUAAAUAUAAAAAUAUGACAUUAUUCCGAGGAAAAACGCCGCUGAUCUGUGGUCAAUAUAGUGUUAGAGUUAUUUGUACUUUAAAUCAUAUGAAAUCAACCAAAAUCAUUAUUUCUUAAUAGCAACUUCUGGACAUUAUUCAUGAGAUCAGAUAACUGUAAAACAGUAUGAUAAAUAAAUAAAAUGAACAUC